AGUGUGUCUUUGGCAGCAGGCGGGAUCUAGUGAUCGUUGGCUGCCGGUAGAAGUCGGGCGGGCCGUUGCAGAGAGCAGCGUGGUCCAUCCUGUGACUGACUGACUGACUGACAGACACACAGACACCCGCCGGGGGAAAAAAAAAAAAAAAGUUACUCUGAGUUCGCGGACACACUGCCAACAUGUCUGGAGACGACGAGACACAGGAGCAGACCAUCGCCGAUGACCUGGUGGUCACCAAGUACAAGAUGGGGGCUGAGAUUGCGAAUCAGGCUCUGAAGACGGUAGUUGCGGCAGCUACGGCUGGAGUCUCUGUACUCAGCCUCUGUGAAAAGGGCGAUGCCUUCAUUAUGGCAGAGACUGGGAAAAUCUUCAAGAAGGAAAAAGACAUGAAGAAAGGUAUCGCUUUUCCUACUUGUGUGUCAGUUAACAACUGUGUAUGCCAUUGCUCCCCUCUGAAGAGUGACCCUGAUGUCAUACUAAAGGAUGGGGACCUUGUCAAGAUUGAUCUGGGUGUGCAUGUCGAUGGCUUCAUCUCAAAUGUGGCUCACAGCUUCGUUGUUGGAGUGACCAAGGACAACCCAUUGACAGGGAGGAAGGCUGAUGUUAUCAAAGCAGCUCACCUCUGUGCUGAGGCUGCCCUGCGUCUUGUCAAGCCAGGAAACCAGAACACACAGGUCACAGAAGCCUGGAACAAGAUCGCAAAGUCAUUCAAGUGCUCUCCCAUCGAGGGCAUGCUGUCCCAUCAGCUCAAACAACAUGUGAUCGAUGGGGAGAAAACGAUCAUUCAAAACCCAACUGACCAGCAAAAAAAGGACCACGAAAAGGCUGAGUUUGAGGUGCAUGAGGUUUAUGCAGUGGAUGUGCUUAUCAGCACUGGAGAGGGGAAGGCAAAGGAUGGAGGUCAGAGGACCACCGUUUACAAACGAGACCCCAACAAGGUGUACGGCUUGAAGAUGAAGACAUCUCGGACAUUCUUCAGUGAGAUGGAGAGACGCUUUGAUACAAUGCCUUUCACUCUAAGGGCAUUUGAGGAUGAAGGCAAGGCCAGGUUGGGUGUUGUGGAGUGUGCCAAACAUGAGCUGCUGCAGCCAUUCACUGUGCUGCAUGAGAAAGAGGGUGAAUUUGUAGCCCAGUUCAAGUUCACUGUGCUGCUCAUGGCAAAUGGACCUCUGCGAAUCACCAACAGCCUCUUUGAGCCAGAACUCUACAAGUCUGAGCAUGAAGUGGAGGACCCCGAGCUGAAGGCUUUGCUUCAAAGUUCAGCAAGCCGUAAGACUCAGAAGAAGAAGAAAAAGAAGGCCUCAAAAACCGUCGAGAGUGCAACAGGACAGGCGAUGGAGACUGAAGCUGCAGAAUAGAUUCUCUCUCCAAGAAAUUCUGACAGACCUCUGAUGACCCAAAGAACAGACGUCAUGAAUCCUUCUGUCCCAGCUGUCUGAGGCACUAGCGGGUGUAGCCGCUGUGAAUACCUCCAAAUCUAACUGAUGUCAGUCUGGGAUGAUGCUGCUCCUAAAUUCUGUCACUCCACCUAAAACACACACACAUACGUCCCUAGUAAAUCUCACUGUCCUUGAGACAGCCUUAUUCUCUUAAUAGUGGACACAGUCCUGCUGCAAGAGAGGAUAUUAUGUGCAAGGGCAUAUACUCACUGGAACAUUUAACCAUUCGACUGAUCUUGAGCUUUUGUUCCUUUCUCCACAAUAACUGUAGUGAAAGAUAUGGAAAAUGAAAUGAGUUUGACAGAGCGGCCAAGGAUGAUGAAUGCACAAUACUGUGUCAGUGUAAUUGUAUGGCAUUUAGACAAUUUCCUUGAGGUCAUAAGCCUGAAGCCAUGCCUUUUGAAGUGAGCGUUAACUCGUCGUGGGCAGAAACCCCGAUAUCCUAUGACAUUCACACAAUUUAUAAUCAUGACAUCAUUAGUCAUCAUUACUGUUCAGUUCAGCAUAAUUACCGCAUUUGUACUGCUCUUGCUUAAGCUUACUAGUCAUUGUGUAUACUUCUAGGGAUCUACUGUAGGUUACUCAGCUAACAGUUUCUAAAACUGAAAUUUUAAGUCCUGCCAGUUGAGUAAUUUAACUAGUAAAAUAAGAAAUUUCCUUUCUCAGUUGUGGAUAGUCUAAGUUCUGCCAAGAGUUCAGCAUUCAGUCUUCUGGUGCCACCACUGAGUCUGACAGUCUGUGUUUACAUAAGAAUUCCAUACCUGUUAAAUAUAUGGAUACUUUUGUAAAACAAAUCCCACUUUCAGAGACUAUUUUUGGAAACAUUAAAAAGCCACCUGACAUCA